AUACUACCGCAUGUUUAUCGUCCUACUGCCAGCUACAUUAUUAUCCUUUCAACCGCCUAGCUAGAUUGGUAUUCUCUAGGUCUUCGUGCCGACAUAGACCGGACUUCUGUCUUCCCGAUAAUUCUACGAGCGUUCUUCUUGUUAGUAGCCUCCUCUAAUACUCCAAGCAUGUCCGGCAUCGGCGAGGCAAGUCUUGUCCUUGGCAUAAUCUCCUCUAUAAUUUCAAUCAUCGAUGCCACUAAGCAAAUUUACGAGGCUGUCGAAGACGAAGCGGGCCUCCCAACGAAUUUCAAGAAGUCAGCGACGAAACUCCCACUUAUCGCGAAGCUCCUCGAAGAUGCAGAAAGAUACAUCAAUAACUUGGGGGCCGAAUCGAUAAAGGCUGCGUUUAUACCUUCUUUGGAGGAUUGCAAAGUUCAAGCCAAACUCCUCCAAGAGUUAUUUGAAAAGGUUAUGCCAAAAGAGGGUGACUCGAGGCGGGAUCGAUAUAUGAAAGCUGCUCGAACAAUUGGAAAAGGCGGUCGUGUAGAGAGUUUAGUUAAGGGGAUUUUAGAUGACUUGCAACUCUUGGCAACAACGUUUCCAGAAGUAACGACACCAAGAGGAAAAGACCAGUUAGCAAAAGCUAUUGAAGAGGUGAUUGGGAUGGAGCCUUCAUUGCCUGAUGGAUUUGAAGAGGCUCGUGCAUUUGCACACUUUGGCGGUGGCGCCCAAAACAACAAUACGGGUGGUGGAAGUCAGUAUAACAACAAUAGUACUGGCAAUCAAAACAACGGUCCUGGCCAACAAUAUAUCGGUACCAAUCAUAUCGUUAAUAAUCAGAAUGUCACAAUCGAUGAAAUAGAUCGAUCUUGUCUCCGUACUUUGCGAUGCCCUGAUACACUAGCUGUCAAGAAUCGGCUGAAAGAGAGCAAGGACAAGUUGCUCCACGAAUCCAUCGACUGGAUCCUUCAAGACCCGCAAUAUCUCAGUUGGAGAGAUAGAGACGAUGUCUGUUUACUCUGGAUCAAGGGCGGCGCGGGCAAAGGGAAGACUAUGAUGUCGAUUGGUCUUGUCGAGCGGCUGUCACUUCCACAAGAUGAAUCCACCGCGGUGACUUACUUCUUUUGUCAAAAUGCUAACUACGAGCUUAACACUCUUGAAGCGAUCAUCAAGGGUCUGAUUCUGCAGUUAGUCAAUCAGCAAAAGGAGCUUAAAGAAUCUCUACGAUGCCGCUGGGAUACUAUAAACAAGCGUUUUGAUGAAGAUAUUACCUGGUGGCGAACGCUUUGGAAUAUCUUUUUAGAGAUGUUACACCGAUGCAAGUGUCAGAAAGUGUACGUGAUCGUGGAUGCUCUUGAUGAGUGCCAAGAUGAUGGCAUGGCCGAUCUCCUAAAGCUCAUUGUCCGAACAGGACUCGAUCAACCCUCCAAAAUCAAAUGGCUGUUGACAAGUCGACCAUUGGACAGCGCUGAGCAGGAAUUGUUAACUGGAUCUGAUCAGGUUGGGGUCAGCCUGGAGCUCAACCAGAAACAUCUUUCUGAAGCUGUAAAGAUUUACAUUGCUUCUAAGGCGAUUGAGCUCGACCGUCGCAACCACUAUGGACUAGCAUUGCGGCAAAGGGUAGAGACUGAGCUUGCUGCAAAGGCUGAGGACACGUAUUUGUGGGUAAGCUUGGUAUGCAAGAGACUCGAGAGUAUGUCCAACGACAAGGCAUUGGCCACAAUUCAAGACUUCCCCCCAGGUCUGCCUGCCUUUUAUCGUCGGAUAUCCGAUCAGCUCAACGAAGGCGAGUCAGCCGUUGUGAAGGGAUGUAUGCGACUCCUCAAGGCGAUGAUGCUGGCCUAUCGACCUCUAAAUGUGGAGGAGGUGGCUAGCGUGACAGGUCUGUCUGACGAAUUAGUCGCUAUUGAAGCGUGGGUCGAUCGAUGUGCUUCAUUUGUUAAGAGACGAGGAACAGACAUCGAAUUUGUUCAUCAGUCAGCUCGAGAUUACCUGGCUGGGAAGGAUGGACAAUCUAUACUUGACUCCUAUGAACAUUAUAGGCAUGGUGAGAUGGCGCUAAGUUGUUUGUCACAUUUAUCUCAACGACUCAAGCCUAAUCUUGUUGACCUACCGCGACCUGAUUCUACUAAGGAGUUAGUGAAAAGGAAUGGACUGGUGGCCAGCGUGGACUAUGCAGCAACUUUUUGGGUACAGCAUUUAGAGGGCGCUAAACGAACGACGCUAAUACGGAAUGCUCUUACUGAACAAGGGAAAGUCAGUAUAUUCCUCUGUACUAAGUUGCUAGAGUGGCUAGAAUGCCUAAGUUUGUUGGACAAGCUCCCGCGCGCUAUUGAAGCAUUCAAGACGUUAACAGAUAUAGCAGACUUAACGAAGAACCCUUUCCUAUCAAUAGUUGUGCAAGAUGCUAUACGUUUCUUAUUACGACACUACCAGACACUAGCGACUUGGCCGUUACAGGCCUAUAGUUCUGCUAUAGUUUUCAGCCCUCAAACAAGCAUCGUAAGGAGGAGGAAUUUAGACAAGGUUCCCACAUGGUUAAGAAAGCUCCCUCAGGUGGAAGACGCGUGGGCAUCUUUAAUUCAGACGCUCACAGGCCACUCGGGCUAUGUCUGGGCUGUCGCCUUCUCACCAGACGGCAAGCAGAUCGCGUCAGGGUCUUGGGAUAAGACUAUCAAGCUGUGGGACGCUACUACCGGCGACCUCCAGCGGACGCUUGCAGGCCACUCGGGCUAUGUCUGGGCUGUCGCCUUCUCGCCAGACGGCAAGCAGAUCGCGUCAGGGUCUGAGGAUAAGACCAUUAAGCUUUGGGACACUACUACUGGCGACCUCCAGAGGACGCUUACAGGCCACUCGGAAUUGGUCUGGGAUAUCGCCUUCUCGCCAGACGGCAAACAGAUCGCGUCAGGGUCUGAGGACAAGACCAUUAAGCUCUGGGACGUUACUACCGGCGAUCUCCAGCGAACGUUUGCAGGCCACUCGGAUGGGGUCAGCGCUAUCGCCUUCUCGCCAGACGGUAAACAGAUCGCGUCAGGGGGGGACAAAACCUUUAAGCUCUGGGACGCUACUACUGGCGAUCUCCAGCGGACGCUUGCAGGCCACUCGGAUUUAGUUAUCGCUGUCGCCUUCUCGCCAGACGGCAAGCAGAUCGCGUCAGGGUCUGGGGACAAGACUAUCAAGCUAUGGGACGCUACUACUGGCGACCUCCAGAGGACGCUUACAGGCCACUCGGAAUUGGUCUGGGAUAUUGCUUUCUCGCCAAACGGCAAACAGAUCGCGUCAGGGUCUGAGGACAAGACUAUUAAGCUCUGGGACGCUAUUACCGGCGAUCUCCAGCGAACGCUUGCAAGCCACUCGAAACCGGUCAGCGCUAUCGCCUUCUCGCCAGACGGCAAACAGAUCGCGUCAGGGUCUUGGGAUGAGACUAUCAAGCUAUGGGACGCUAUUACUAGCGACCUCCAGCAGACGCUCGCAGGCCACUCGGGCUAUGUCUGGGCUGUCGCCUUCUCGCCAGACGGCAAGCAGAUUGCGUCAGGGUCUUGGGAUAUUAAGCUAUGGGACGCUACUACCGGCGACCUCCAGCGGACGCUUGUAAACAACUCGGAUUUGGUCUGGGCUAUCGCCUUCUCGCUAGACGGCAAGCAGAUCGCGUCAGGGUCUAAAGAUAAGACCAUUAAGCUGUGGGACGCUAUUACCGGCGAUCUCCAGCGGACGCUUGCAGGCCACUCGGAUGGGGUCAGCGCUGUCGCCUUCUCGCCAGACGGCAAACAGAUCGCGUCAGGGUCUGGAGAUAAGACUAUCAAGCUAUGGGACGCUACUACCGGCGAUCUCCAGCGAACGCUUGCAAGCCACUCGGCACCGGUCAGCGCUAUCGCCUUCUCGCCAGACGGCAAGCAGAUCGCAUCAGGGUCUUUGGAUGAGACCAUCAGGCUGUGGGAUGUUACCAAAUCCUUGAAAGUCUCAAAAUUCCUUAGUGGCACUUUUAGGAGUCAUGUCAAGUUCCGUAAAUCGCGGGAAAUCAAGACUUCAGACGCUGUCUCGUUCCUACGAUUCUCUACAGACGGCCGAAACCUCGCAACAAAUCUCGGUGAGAUUAAGAUUGAUGAAAAUAUCUCUACGAGUGGGCAAAGCUCUGAUUUUGAAUCAUUGAGAGCUGUCCAGGGAGAAAAUCAAUGGGUGUAUUAUGGACUAGUGCCUGUGUUUCUUUUGCCCACAGAUUUCCAACUACAAUGUUAUGAUGUGAGAGGUGAUCAAGUGGCUAUGGGAUUUGGGAAUGGUCGAGUUUUAAGCCUCAAUAUUGAUCGUAGAAGCUUGAAUACUAUUGAAAUGGGAAUCCCUAGGAUGUAAUAACCACUUGGAAGCGCAGCACGAUAGGAGGGAAGUAGGCAAGUUGAAUCAAUUAGAUUAAUUAAAGAACUAGGAAGGUAGAAGCUGAGGUUGGGAGAUAUCUCUCCUAGCGCACGGGCCACGGCCCUAGCCUAGUGCCAGAUAUAAGCCGCAAUACGUGCUUGCUUUAAUAAAUACAAUAUAUGUGACAGCACGGUGGGAAGCUUAGUACGUAGACGAAG